AUGCUCUCCUACCUGCAGUUGCUGCUCGCACAGGGCCCGCCGCCCCUCUCUUGCGCGGACGGAUCUCAGCCACUCUGUGCUGACGGCUCGUCGCCAGUUGGGAUGCCACCAUGUCCUAAUAACAUUGAAUCACCGCACCCGGCUUGCGCGGAUGGCACGCCGCCCACUUUUGGGAAUGGGGGUGGCGGCCGCCCUCCAGGAAAGGGUAAAGGCGUCGGUGGGGGUGGCGGGGUUGGAGGUGGUGGCGUCGGUGGCGGUGGAGGUGGAGGCGGUGGCGACUGCAGCUCUCCCCCUUGCGCUACGCCGCUCCUCGGGACGAUCGGCAGGACCACGGCGACGGGCUGUGAUCCGGUGUCCGGCGCAUGCUUUGAGGUGAACGAGGACAUUUACGGCCCCUUUGAGGCGGGCUUUGGCUCGCAGCAAGACGGCAUCCUCGCGGGACUCGGCUGCAACCCGGGCAGCCUAGGGCACGUCCAAGGUGGCAUCGACACCAGGACCGCCGAGGCCAUGGUCUCCUGGCAGUGCAAGAUCGAGCUGCCCCGCUUUGAGCAGGGCGGCCGAUACGUCUCGCUCCUCGACACCUGCGGCGGCCACACGCGUGAGUAUCACUUCCAUGAGCGGCUGUCGUGCCUGUACAACGAGAGCGACUUGGGCGAUGGGCUCGGUUCUGCCGUCGGCGUCAUGAACGACGGAAAGCUUCUGUUCGGACGCAUCGCCGGCCCAAACGUGCCCUCGUACGAGGGACCCGCCGGAGAGAGGCUCCCCUUCCUCGACGCCUGCGGCGGAGCCUUUGACCGCGACGGCCUAAACUACCACUAUCACGUCCAGGUGCGGCCGCCCUUCACGGUGGGAUGCUUUGGGCCGGCUCUCGACGACAACGGCGCUGAGCGACCCGUUACCCUCGCCGAGUGCCGCGCCCUCUACUCUGGCUGCGCCGCGGCGCCGACGACGGUGGUUACCGCUUCAGGGGCAGCCGACUAUGCCCUCUGGUGUCCCUGCUACGAUGGAGCCGGGAGCAACGUCGGCAAAAGUCCGCUUCGCGCCUUUGCAACCACACCGCCAUAUCCAAGCCCCCCGCCUUGGUUCGCCCCGCUGCCAGCGUGCGACUCGGAUCGGCCGGGCUGGGCCUCUCAUCGCACGCUGGUCGUCUCGCUCGCUGCGCGUGGCGGCACCAGCGAAGGUGAGGUGGUGGCCUGGACGCAGAAGCUCUGCUGCGUGUAUACGCACGUAGAAGUGGCUCAGCGCGCAACCAGCCAGAUGACCAACUUCGACGGCUCAACCAUCGUCUAUGAUGGCGCGAGCUUCGAGGAGGUGGCUGCGGCGGCGUACGACGACAUUUGCGACAUGCCCAUGGGUAGCACUGACUGUGCUAGCUGCUGGCCGUCUUCGCCGCCGCCCUUGCCACCGCCGUCGCCGGUGCCAUGGGAGGAGUGUUCCGACGCGGAACUUGGAGGCGACUUCAACGGCGUCAACAACUUCACGAUCAGCGAUGCGCUGUACGUGGCGCAAAUGUGGUCAGGUAAGGCCCCGCGCACGGCUUGCAUGGGCGGCGAUUUGAACGGGUCCGGAAGUUUCACGAUCGCGGACGCGGUUUUGGUGGCCAUGGUGUACACGCUCGCGGCGAGGGAGUUCGUGGAGGUGUGGGCGGGGAAAGCGCGCUUCUCGUGGCGGAGCGGCAGCGCUGACGGCGCUAGGGACCCGGAUGGCAUGAUCGUGAUCGUGAAGCCGCCGGUCGAGCCGGUCGGGCCGCCGGGCUGCUGCCGCGCGAUGACAGCGGAGUGCUUGUCUUGUGUCGAGGGGAUGGGGGAGGAUGAGUACUGCGCCAAGAAUCCGCAGACAAUCGGGUGCCACAAGACGCGUCGCUAG